AUGUACUCUUUCGGCGGGAUUGCGGCCAGUAUUCUGGCACUCGGUACCUUUGCUGGUCAUACUUUCGCGAAACUGGCUGGACGGCCAGCAAUUUGUCUAGACACCUGCACUAGCUAUAACCUAGUUGACUGGUUCGCUUUACAUGAUGUCCAGCAAGUCACUCAAUGUAAUGGUACUAUGCUACCUGAUUUCAAUAUUUUCAAUGAUUUGAGCGACCCUUAUUCGCGAUCUACCAUCCAUGUCUGCGCUUCCAGUGAUCUUGAUCAACUGCGAAAUUUGUCGGUCACCAAAACCGCCUCAUCCGCUACGUCAACUAGAAAAGCCGUCCAAAUGAGUUUGAGAAAAUCAAGCACCGCUGGCCUUUCAGGAAUAUGA